AUGGCUCACAUAAGUAAAUACUUAGUUUCUGCGGGGGUUUUGGUUUUCCUGGCUCUGUUUUGCUUGGCCGAUGGUGGAAAGCUAUUGGUGGAGCCAAUGGAUGGGAGUCACUGGCUCAGCAUGUGCUCACUGCUGGAAGCCCUCAGCCAGAAAGAACAUGAAAUUGUCAUUGUCACACCAGAAGUAAACUUGAAUAGAAUUACGGGGCUUUAUGAAAAAGUUCAAAUCAUCUCUGAUCUCUAUGUCUCCUCCUGUAGCAGUUUACUGCACAAUAAGGAUCUGAUGCAAUAACUUGAAGGGAGUAAAUUUGAUGCUGUUCUCACAGAUCCUGUUGUACCAUGUCGACAAAUAUUGGCUCUGCGUCUUUCUAUCCCAUCUGUUUUCUUUUUACGGGGACUGCCCUGCAGUUUUGGUUUGCAGGCUACCCAGUGUCCAGACCCCCCUUCCUAUGUCCCAAGAACAUUUACAGACAACUCAGAUGAUAGGGGAAAACCAGUAACAACGAAGGAGCUCUUAAGCCAUGGAUCCAUUUGGCUUAAAAGAAUGGAUUUUGGUUUUGAGUAUCCCAUGCCAGUGAUGCCCAGCAUAGUUUUUAUCAGAGGUAUAAACUGUGGAAAGAAAAAGCGAUUAUCUCAGAUCCAUGAUUAUACAUUUACCACACAGCAAAUAAGUCUAAAGAUCAUCUGCAAAACGACAGCACAGAUUGCUUAA